CACCACCACCACCACCACCACCACCACGGCUCUGCCGCCUGUUGUCGUCUACAAACAACACACCUCGACCUGUUCGACCCUCGUUCGCUUCGCCGCCGCCGCAGACGCUCGCCGCCCCGUCUGCCCGUUCUUGUCGCCGCUCGUUGUUGGGCCAUGUUAUUUCGAUGCCGUGCCGGCCACCGUCGUCCGUCAAUGCGUAAUUCUUCGCCGGCUCCUCCAUAUUGUCGCUCAUAACCCGGCUCCUCGCCCUUCAGCUCCGCGUCCAGACCGGCCCCCUGAACGCCGUCGAGCCUUCCAACAACCGUCGAACCGCAUCGUCGCCGGCCCAAAACACGCCCGCAUCAUGCAGCCCGCGUCCGCAUCGCAGCGAAGCUACGCGCAACGGCGCUCCCCCGGCGCAGACCCUGGGCCGCCGCCCAACGUGCGGCCCAACUCGCCCGGAGUCGCCAUGCAGCCACGCUCCUCCACAGCUUCGUCGAGGUCUGGCCAGAGCAGCGGCUCCCGGCGGACGACCCGAGAUGGCUCGGGUGGCAGCGGCAGCGGCAGCUCCAGCUCCAGCGUGCCCUUGUCCCAAAUCGAGAAGAGCGUCACCCACCUGCUCGUCGCGACCAAGCAACUGCUGGAGACGCUGACGCAGUGGUCGCGCGGCCAGGCUACUGACUCCCAGGUAUCUGACGUCUACGUUCGGCUCGGUUACGAAUUCAACAUGGCGUGCCGCGCCUUCACCGCCAUCAACGUCGACACCUCCGAUCUGGGCAACGUCCCCGACCUGCUCAGACACAUCCUCGAGGCCACCCUGAGCCAGGAAGCGAGCGCCGAAAGCCUGGAGAAGUACCUACCGAGAAUACGAGACAUAAUCAUCAACCUGCUGCACGGGCUGAAGCGCAAGCAGCAGAGGUUGCGGCAGAAACAGCAGGGCAAGGACCGCGACGGCAACCCCCUACCGGAGAGGACGACGAGCGUAAGCACGGUAGGCAGCGGCACCAGCGGCCUCACGAACCUGUUGGAGGAGGGUCUGGAGAACGGCUAUCGACCGGAUUCGCAGCGCAGUGAGCGUCCACAACCACCGGCCGUCAAUUCGUCGCCCAGUCGUCGCUUCAACGCACAAAGAGACCAGUCCCGCGGCUCGCUUGCCUCCGAGCAGUCGUCGCUCUCCAGCACUACGAUGCAAAACAUCCCCGUCUUGCCCCCGUACCCGCCCGAAGACUCGACAAUGCCGUCCGCGUCCUCGAUAGGCGACCUCGGUGCCUUUCCUCCGCCGCCGCCGCCGCCUCCCGACAGUCAGUCGAGCGCCUUGGCUGCUCUGCAAAAGGGAGGAGAUCUCGAGCGCCGCGCCUCGCGACGAUACUCUCAGUACCAAAUAUCGAAGCAUCUCGGCGGCGUCAACGGGGUGCCCAUGCUGCCCCCACAGACUACACCAAUACCAAAUAGAGGCCAGAAGGAGGCGCGAGAGUCGUUGCGUGCCGUGCAGUCGCGAGAAUCUGUUCGCCACAGCCGAACCAUUUCGACGCAAUCGAGAAAUGCCGGCCUCGACUCAUCUCCAGCCAGAAUUCCGAGCCGCGUGUCCGAGGAGCCCCCGACUCCAGUGGCAGAGCCCUCCAAGGCUUUGCCGGAAAGCCCGGCGGUACGAAGCCCCGACGACAAAUACGCCCCAAGUGCCACGAUCAGCGGUCCGCUACAGGAGCCGUCAUCGUUUGCGCCCGAGACGAAACGCGGCGGCGACGAUGAGCCGACAAAGAAGGAGCAGAUCAAGUCGGAGGAUGUUCCCACUGCCCCUCAGCCCCCCGAACCGAAGCACAACGAGUCUUUCUUUCAGGUAUCGCCCCCGCCUACGCCCACCAAGGACCUCACGCUGUUCCUGCAGUACAAGUCCAAGGUCAAGAAGAUUGUGCUUCCGGAAGGACGCGACGAGCUUUCCAUCGGGCGGCUCCAGCUUGCCUUUAUUGAAAAGUUCUCUUGGAACACACAGCAGAACGGCGCAGACCUCCCCGAGAUAUAUAUUCAGGAUCCCGUCUCUGGCGUGCGCCACGAGCUCGAGGACUUGUCUGACGUAAAGGACCGGACCGUCCUGGUGCUCAACGUGGAGGCCCUGGACGAGGUCAAGAGACACAUUGACGACGGCAUGUCUGCGCUGACCAAGAUUGUCCGCGAAGUGAAGCAACACGUCGACGACCAGGGCGUCACCCUCCAAAGAGUGUCCGAUCGGCAACGUGAGACUGCGACUGAGCUGGCGCGACUGGCCGCGGCGCCUUCGCCGACACCGCCCGUGGACGGCUCGAAGCCGGUUAUUGGUGCUGGCAAGAAGCUCGGGGCGGGACAGCUUGGCGAGUUGCGAAGCUUACGCCGCGACCUUGCGGUCAUGCGGCAGACAUACUCUACUUUCCAGACCGAAGUCGAGAACUCCAUGUCUGCAAUCCGCAGCAAGGCCGCCAACGUCAAGACGGUAGCGGCCAAGGCGGCGAUCCCGGACAUCGAGGGCGAUGCCGGGUAUUCUUAUGUUACCAACGGACGAAAGCAGCUCAACGCGGAUUCAGACCGACUUGUCGCAAAGGUGGACGAUCUCCAGGAUCUGGUGGAAGAUUUGCGCAAGGACGUGGUGCACCGCGGUGUUCGUCCUCUGCCGCGCCAGCUGGAAGGUGUGGCCAAGGACAUUGGGUGUCUGAGCAAGGAGCUCAAGAGGAUGGACGAGUACAUGACGUCCGAGAAGCCGAUCUGGACCAAGAUCUGGGAGAAGGAGCUCGAGGACGUGUGCCAGGGCCGCGACGAGCUCCGCCUUAUGGAGGACCUGCUCGUCGACCUGCGCGACGACCUGGAAAAGGCCAACGAGACCUUUACGCUCGUAGAACAGGCGACCAAAGAGCAGAUGAAGGACAACGGGACCGGGGCGAGCGCCGGCACCGCGCGCCAGUUCUCCAAGGGCCUCAACAACCUCGGCAACAGUCUAGACCAGAACGCGGCCAAGGAAGACGUGCUCGGCGAAGUCAGAGCGCUGCAGCCAAACCACGAGGACAGGCUAGAGGCCAUCGAGCGGGCGGAGAAGCUGCGGCAGAAGGAGCUCGAGGGCCGGCGGGGCAACGCCCUGCAGAGGGAGAUUGCCAAUUUCGUCGAAGAGGGCAAGCUGAAGAAGUCUGGCGGCUUCGAGGAGGUGGAGCGUUCCAGGAAGGCCAAGGACGACAGGAUACGGCGGGAGGUGUGGGAGCGCCAGAACGGCAUGAUCCCCGAGAACCCCGUCGGCGAGGAGGAGGUGACGUUUGAGGACGCGCCCGAGGAGGCGCCAGACGAGGCCGAGGCGCCGACAGAGGCGUCUUGAAUGAGCAAGCGAAGCGGCAGCACGGGUUCGAAUGAUUGCCCCCCCCCUUUUUCUUAUUUAUACUACUAGGCCGUCUCGUCGACGGGUCGUUUGACACGCAGUUCGGAUGAGAACUCGCCGGCCGGCCGCCCCAUUUCUCUCCCUCUCUCCCCGCGGCGCACUGUCAAGGCGACACCCCGAGAGUACCACAUAUAUAUAUCAUGGAUGCAUCCGACGAAUCUGAUAGGUAUAACGAGAUUGUAUCAUAAGUAACACUACGCUAUGCUACACUACACUACACUACGCUACAACAUCCGCCGCCCGCCCGGCCCUGUUAUACAAAGGGGUUUACUUUUUUUUAUAACUUCGACCUUGAUUCAUCGGUGUUUUUCCCCCCUGUUGCUUGUGUGGCGAGGAUUUUCUGGCUUUCAGCUUUUGGUGCGGUGGCGCUGCCGUGUGUUUGUGUUUUUCGUCUCUGUUGCUUGCUUUUUUUU